UUACAGCACAUGGUGUUGAGCUUUAGAGUGUCGGAACUGCAAGUGCUCCUGGGAUUCUCCGGCCGAAAUAAGACCGGCCGCAAACACGAGCUUCUGACCAAAGUGCUGUUCAUGCUAAAGUCUGGCUGCAGUCCAGCCGUGCAGAUGAAAAUCAAAGAGCUCUACAGGCGUCGCAUCCCACGCAAGACCCACGUCACAAUGGACCUGCCCUUACUGUCCAUCCAGAACGCUGUGGGUCUCCCGUCAGCCAGCACAUCACUGCCUCUAGGCAGCACACCACAGCUUCACUACAGUGCUUCUGCUGCCUCUGCCUUGGUGUCUCCACUGCUGUCUCCCCUUAGCAUGCUCACUCCCAAGCGGGAAUUAGAUUUACAACAUCUAUCCCCUCCUGUCCAUCCAGACGUCAAAAUGAGGAGACUGCCGUUUUAUGACAUCUAUGAUGAACUGGCCAAACCAACCACGUUAGCAUCAAGUAACGGACAGCGGUUUGAGGAGGCAGUUGUUACGUUUGCAUUAACCCCACAACAAGUUCAACAGAUCUGCUCCUCCAGGGACUUGUUACUUGGAGCAAAAGGUGAUCACACUGUACAGGUGCAGCUGAGGUUCUGCUUGUGUGAGACUAGCUGCCCUCAGGAGGAUUAUUUCCCUCCUAAUUUAUUUGUGAAAGUCAAUGGGAAACUCUGCCCUUUACCGGGAUAUCUUCCGCCCACUAAAAAUGGAGUCGAGCCGAAGCGACCCAGUCUCCCAAUCAACGUCACUUCACUCAUCAAGCUCACGGCAACCAUCCCUAACAUGAUUACCAUUAAUUGGUCGUCUGAGUAUGGCAGGAAUUACUCGGUUUCUGUGUAUCUAGUCAAACAGCUAACGUCAGCGACACUACUGCAAAGACUGCGAGCCAAGGGGAUCCGGAACCCGGACCACUCACGAGCUCUGAUUAAAGAGAAGCUGACAGCAGACCCUGAUAGUGAGAUUGCCACCACGAGCUUACGUGUGUCACUCAUCUGCCCAUUGGGAAAGAUGAGGCUAUCAGUGCCAUGCCGUGCUAUGACCUGCACACACCUGCAGUGCUUUGAUGCAACUCUCUACCUACAAAUGAAUGAGAAGAAAGCCACAUGGGUUUGCCCUGUAUGUGACAAGAAAGCACCUUAUGAGAACCUGAUCAUUGAUGGACUCUUUAUGGAAAUUCUCAACUCCUGCACCCACUGUGAUGAGAUCCUGUUUAAGGAGGAUGGUUCCUGGAGCCCAAUGCAACCAAAGAGAGUAAAGCAGGAACCCUACUGGUCGUCCUACAGCAACAGUGACGCGAUACUGACAGUGAUGUUUUUCAUGCGUCCAGCCAGCACAAUGUAUAAGGAGUCCUCCACACAAGGGAAAUACUGCUCCCAAAGCAACCGGAAUGUAGAGGUGAUUGACCUAACAUUAGACAGUUCAUCAGAUGAGGAGGAGGUCCCAGUGAAGAGACAGUGCCGAGUUGUGACUCCCACAAACCUGUCCUCUGUCAAUAAGCAAUUGCUGAACCUUCACCAGCUGCCCCCAAUGUUUCAAAGUGCUGCUAGCAGUGCAGUUCCUUCCGAUUACCUCUCGUCUCUCUCCAUUCCGGAAUACCAUUUUUCCUACCACAUGCCCCCGCUGCCUUCCGACAUUCAAGGUUUAGAUUUGUUUUCUUUCUUGCAAGCAGACAGCCAGCAUUACAGUUCCGUUAUCAGCAGCUCCUCCGACGACCAGGAUGCCAUGCGCUCCUCGCUCAGCCAUUUCUUGCAGUUCAGUUCAUGGCCACCUUUCCUCGAGCCUGCUGUCAGCUCCACAAGCGGAGUGCACGGGACUGCCAGCAGGAGCAGCAGUAUCAUCUCCAGCAGUGGACCGAGGGACAGUCAGCACAGUCACCUUGGGGCUGCAGCCCCUAACACUGGGAGUGGUGUAGGUGGAGCUGGGCCCAGCCCCAGCCACGGAUUGGAUAUCAUCUCCUUAGAUUAAAACACCAACCAAUAAUGAGCAAGACAGGAGACUCAGAGCAGGAAUGCACUCCACUUUGAAAACUGGUGUGAACCAUGAAUUUUAACAGGGUUGAGUCAGCUGGUUGGAGAGUAAUUUCUCCAUGGAGCUGCACUACUGCUAGCAGGAGAGUGUUGCCUCAAUAUUGGGUCACUCACCAGGUGACAUAAAAGCACAGGAGCACUGGGCACUCAUCUUCUGCCCCUUGCAAUACUGAGAUGUGCUUGGGCCUGAAUCCUAGAGUAAACCUUCUGCUAAAAACAGAGCAGACAAUUGACAAUCUGUUAAUGUUGGUGAUAUGGCAAAUGCUGGCUCCCUGGAGCUGCAGAUGUGCAAUUGUCCCCUCCCCACCAUUAUAUACCUGCCCCACGCAAAGAACAGCUCACAGUUAAAAAUCUGAUGACAUUCAGUCUCACAGUUGCACUGUAUGCAUGGAGGCCCCUGUAUCAACAUGUCUGAAUUGACAGUGCCUACAUUGGCACAUUAUUAUCUGCAAUUAUGGUCAGAGGAGAAAGGUAUGAAGAUUAGGGGAAGUGACUGUGAGUAACCUGCUCCAUGUUUAAACCAAAGGUGCGUUUCAGUCCUCAGUGAGGUUUUGUGGUGAACCAAAGAUUAAUUAUGUAGAAGCUACAGCACAGGAACAGGCCAUACCAUAAGGAGUGGUUGAGGGGAAUAGCAUAAGGAAAAGCUAGAUAAACACACAAGGGAGAAAAGAAUUAAAGAAAAAGUUGAUAGGGUGAGAUGAACCUUAAACACUGUUGUGGACUUGAGGAGUUUGGAGAUGAGCAGCAUUAAUAAAACCCCAGAGCGACAAAGAGUGUGGGCACAGAAAGGCCAGCUGGCAGCUUUGAACUUUUUGAUGUUUCUGAAGAACCAUUGUAAACUGCAAAAGGGAACUUAACUGAGCUUUUCAGGGGCCUAAUUGACGGUUACUGUCUCCCCCACACUCAAAUGAGACGUGAGGAGCCAUCCAAUGUUGGUCACCCCACUUGAGGAGAAGGGAGUAAAACAGAAGAAUGAGCUUUCUCUUACUUCCAGUGUUUGGUGGUGG